AUGUCUAUUUUUGCGCUUAUCGCAUUCUCCAUGAACCUGGUGCAAUUGGCGUUCGGCCAUGGAAGGUUAAUGGAACCGCCUGCGAGAAAUUCGAUGUGGCGAUACGGGUUUCCAAAUCCAGUAAAUUACAACGACAACGAGCUAUUCUGCGGCGGAUUUACAGUACAAUGGGAACAAAACGAUGGCAAAUGCGGCAUUUGCGGAGAUGCUUACCAAUUGGGAAGUCCCAGACCGCACGAAGCCGGUGGCAUUUACGCCAAAGGCAUUUUGAGUCGACAUUACAGCGUUGGGCAGAAUAUAGACAUCGAAAUCGAGUUAACAGCGAAUCAUUACGGUCGCUUCGAAAUUCUACUGUGCCCCAACAAUAAUCCCAAACAAGAAGCCACGCAAGAAUGCUUCGAUAAGUUCCCGUUGCGUGUUGUAGAAACCAAGGGACACAGUUACCAAAUUCCCGAAGAUGGAAAGAAAAAAGCUAUAUUUAGAUAUCAAGUUCAAUUACCACCUUACAUAACGUGUACGCAAUGUGUUCUCCAAUGGACUUAUUACACUGGGAAUCAAUGGGGUGAAUGCAACAAUGGCAGCCAAGCUCAAGGUUGUGGAAAAUCUGAAACCUUCAGGAAUUGCGCUGAUGUUGCCAUACAUUCCAACGCUGGUGGUGCAAUUCCACCAAUCUUCGUAGACACAGUAAACCCCUAUCAGUUGUUCUACAAGGAUUCUUCCAGACCUGCUCCUUAUAACGUAAUUCCGUUGGUUAUUAGAGAGCAAGUGUGCGUUCCCAAAGGAUUGUACAGGACUAUACCAAGUCUUUGGGAAUGGUGUCAAACUAAUUGCUUGCGUUACCCGCCGAAUUGUCCGGAAGAUAUCUGCAAGUGUCCUAACGUCUGUGAAGCUGUAGAUGAGCACAAAGGAAAUUUCAAGGCAGAUGUGAAAUGUAUGGACGAUUGUUUGGUUUAUCCGAGAGAUAAAUGCUCUACCAGUAGGUGCGUUUGUUAUGAAGAUUAA